AUGGCUUGGCUUGGUUUCGGUGCUUUGGCAUCCGGUUUAGUGCUGCAACGUUUGCUUGGUGGCGAUGUGCCGCCGAACAAGGUGCAGGAAAUCAAGUCCGAGAACCUCGGCAUGUGUCAGGCCAUUCUGAGGGAUGAGGCGAUGGUCCUGUACGCGCCCCCGCACAACCAGACUGAAAAGAAGUUGCCGUACAACAUCAUCCUGCAGCGGCCGCUGAACGAAUCGACGACCACAUCCUUCAGCCUAUUUAGAGCUAGCACGCAAGCAGAAGCCGAGGAUAGAUUCAACGCAUUCAUCCAUCGACUACCCGUGUUCGUCACAGUCGUCAAAGAGUAUUAUAACAUAAAUGGUCUCCAAAAAGUGUGUGAUGCACUUGCUGAUAAUCCAUCAUGGUCUCUAGCGCACUUGGUUGCAUAUUUUAAUUUAACGGAACAUAUAACUAAUCCAAAAAUUAUUGAGUUUCUUGACUACCCGGACCAUAUAAAUAACAUGACGCCAAUGCAGCUGGCGAUCAAAUGUAGCAAUAUUGAAAUGGUUAAAGCGCUGCUUCUGAACUGUAAAAUGGAACACUUGGACAAUAACAGCAACUCAAUAUAUCAUUAUGCAGCGUCCACCACGAAGGAAAUCAUAACGCUGCUAGCGUCGAAAAAUAUUGUAAAUCUAAAUCACUGCAAUUCGGACGGUUUCACACCAUUACAUUUGGCUUGCUUAUCUGACAAGCCCGAUUGUGUUAAAGCUCUCUUAUUAGCAGGCGCCGAUGUUAAUAUAUCUGCAAAUAAUGUCAGUAGCAUAUAUAGAUCCACAGCUCCAAGUUCCGUUGCUGACUUCGUAAAACAAAAUCCUCAUAAGCUGGGUACACAAGACAUGAAAUACGGCGGAACACCUCUGCACUGGUGCUCUUCUCGUGAGACUUUACAGGCUUUAAUUGAACGCGGAUGUGAUAUAAAUGCAUUAAAUUUCGAUGGAAGGACAGCGUUGCACAUUAUGGUCAGCCGAAAUCGUUUGGAGUGUGUAGUAACGCUUCUAUCUCAUGAGGCUGAAGUAGACAUUGUAGAUAAAGAUGGGAACACCGCAUUGCACAUAGCUAUCGAGAAUAAGUUUGUGCCAAUUGUACAAUGCCUAGUAGUGUUCGGUUGCGACAUUAAUAAAAAGAAUAAAGACGGAAAAACUCCCCGACAUAUGGUAGGAAAAGAUGCAUCAGGCGGAAAAGAAGACGAAAUUCUUUAUAUACUCCAUUCAGUGGGAGCUAAAAGAUGCCCAGAAGCAGAUACAAAGUGUCCACCGGGAUGCAAUUCAAAAGGAACAUACAAUGGAAUACCUCCAGUAACACCAGAAUCUAUAGAACAACGUGAGCACAUCCAGGAGAUGUUGGCAUCAACAAGCCGCACCCUAUUAAAUCCGAAUUUAAAUCAAAUUCGAAAUGGCACUGGAAACAGUUCUGAAUUCUCUACAGUGACCCACGUAAUAGAUACAACACCGGAACAAAAAGGGCAAUCCGUAAUGGACGCACUUCUGGGGAUGUUUACUGCAAGAAAUGUCAAAGCUGAAGUACCUCCGAAGAAACACUCAAUUCCAUCAACUAGUGCUGAGAACUCAUCGCAGGAAGGGGCCGAUGCGGCUGAGAACUACAGCUCAAGCAGCUCAACAUAUAGUAGUCACAUGGGAACACCAAUCGCAAAGAAGGGUCGCCUAUUGUGUCUCGAUGGAGGUGGCAUUCGUGGUCUUGUACUUGUUCAGAUGCUAUUGGAAAUAGAAAAAUUGGCACAAACACCAGUUAUACAUAUGUUUGAUUGGGUUGCUGGAACCAGUACGGGAGGGAUUUUGGCAUUGGGACUAGGCUGUGGUAAGACUAUGCGACAAUGUAUGGGUCUUUAUCUACGCAUGAAGGAACAAUGCUUUGUUGGCUCACGACCAUAUCCUAGUCAGCUGUUAGAAUCUAUUCUCAAAGAGAACUUGGGGGAAUUAACUGUUAUGAGUGAUAUUAAACAUCCGAAAAUUAUGGUUACAGCUGUAAUGGCCGAUAGGAAACCAGUGGAUUUACAUUUAUUCCGUAAUUAUACUUCCGUAAGCGACAUCUUAGGGCUGGUCACAUCGACAAAUAACCGUCGUGUUCCUCCACCACCACCUGACGAGCAGCUUGUAUGGAAAGCAGCUAGAGCUACAGGAGCAGCUCCUUCCUAUUUCAGGGCAUUUGGUCGGUUUCUCGAUGGCGGUCUCUAUGCAAAUAACCCUACUUUAGAUGCAAUGACCGAAAUACAUGAAUAUAACAUGGCUCUUCGGAAUGUGGGACGUGAAACUGAAGCUACUCCAAUAUCUGUAGUGGUGUCGCUCGGCACUGGAAUGGACCCCGUCACGGAAUUAAAAGAAAUCGAUGUUUUCAGACCAGAAAAUCUGUGGGAUACUGCGAAGCUUGCUUAUGGCUUGUCAACAAUUGGUAAUUUGCUUGUGGACCAAGCAACGGCUUCAGAUGGUAGAGUAGUUGAUCGGGCUCGCGCUUGGUGUAGUACAAUAGGCGUUCCGUAUUUCCGAUUCAACCCACCGUUACCUGAAGAUAUUGCUAUGGACGAGAAAAGUGAUCAGAAAUUAAUCAACAUGAUGUGGCAUGCAAAAGCUUAUAUGUACGCAAAUCGUAAAAAAAUCAUAGAAAUGAUAAACCUUCUCAAAUAGCAAAUAAGGAGAAUAUGAAUCGUGACUUCCGCAUUUUAGAACCAUUACAACUCAAAGUUGACUAACUUAAAAACCAAAUCAUUAUCUAGUAAUCGAAUAAGUAUCUGUAUCAGUAGUUUUCAUAAAGUUAGUAACAAGAAAAAUGAAUGUUACGAGAUAUCAUAUAAAAGUGGAGCGACCAAUGAGUCCAUGUUUUUUAUUCCGAAUCACCCAAUGAUUUAGAUAAUCUCAACCGAAUGACAUUCGACAAUAGUAUUAUGGUUUUAACAUGUUAAUUAUAAGAGAUUUUUGUACCAUUUCACAGCGUAGAGAGAAGAAAUAACAAAUGACUUGUAUUAUAGUUUGCAAGUGGGUUAUAUUUCACAAAUGAAAUACCAUAGUGUGCACUUUGCUAAUUUUCCAGGGUUUUACUUCAGACUAACGAGAUAUCUACAUAGUGCAGUAUGUCGGAUGGUGUUCGAUUUAAUAUUAAUGUUUUAUAUGUUAUAAAUGUUGAGCGCGUAUGAUAUUACUCACAAAAUUCAAUUCACCUAAAACCAUUAGGCGAUAGAAAAAGCGGAAAAGGCAUGCAUUUGUAGAUGUCCAGCAAAUAUUUCUUUUUUUUUUUGGGAACCAAGCUAAGUUGUUAUUGGAAAUACAGACGAAUCGUUUAAAUACA